AAUCCUUUUAUUCAAACAAGCUAUGGCUACCCGGAGAACUUCAACUCAAAUUCUACUUCUUUCUACUCUUCUGUUAACUAAAUCAAAUUUCCUUGAAGCUGCAGAGUCUAAUACUGAUUCUCGGAAUGUCGUUUGUAUUGAGAGGGAGAGGAAAGCAUUGCUUGAAUUCAGAAAAGGUUUGAAAGAUCCCUCAGGCUGGCUUUCGUUUGGCUUGGAAAGGAUUGUUGUAACUGGACCGGCAUCAACUGCAGCAAUACAACGGGCAACAUCCUCAAGCUUGACCUUAAAACCGUUGAUGUUUGCAGUUCAUUCGGCCAAAGUGAAGCACUUAACAACCGAACAUGUCUUGGCGGUAUGUUGAAUCCUUCUUUGCUUAAUUUGAAAUAUUUGAGUUACCUAGACAUGAGCGGAAAUAAUUUCCAAGGGAGGUCCCGGAAUUCAUCGGUUCACUCAAGAAUUUGAGGUACCUUGACCUCUCUGAAGCUUCCUUUAAUGGUGAGGUUCCUCAUAGUCUCGGAAAC